GGUCGAACUGCAGUACUUGCCCAGACUGAACACCGGGUAAACCCAGCUGUCAUUUGACUUGAUGCUAAAAAUGGCAGGAAACAAUUCUUAUACUAUAGUUGAAUAUUUUGGCGGGGAUUCGGGUUACCGGUGUGGUUACUGUAAGAAUGAUGAAGGAAACUUUUCUCAUGGGAUGUGGUCUCACACCAUGACUGUACAAGACUACCAAGACCUGAUAGACCGAGGGUGGAGAAGAAGUGGGAAAUAUGUCUAUAAGCCCACAUUGAACAAGACAUGCUGUCCACAGUACACCAUCAGAUGUCAUGCAACGAAAUUCCAGCCCUCCAAAUCCCACAAGAAAGUCCUGAAGAAGAUCAGCAAAUUCAUUUCCAAAGGGGAAAUGCCAAAAGAUCAGGAUAAUGGCGAGCCGAUGGACGCGGUGUGUGACCAAGCGGGGCCGCGGGAGCCCAGCAAAGCCUGUCACUCAGACGUGAAGUGUGCUGCUAUCACAGACAUUCAGAAGGAACUACCAGAGUGUCCCGCUAUCACAGAAGGCCAGAAAGAGGUAGUGGAUGCAGCACCUGCAGCACCUGCUGUCUCAGAGAUGUCAAGAAAAGAUCGAGUGUCUGUAUCUGAUGAGAGGACAGCCACAGCUACUAAACCAGGAAUCGGAGCUGAUCCCGCCCGGCCGCCAUGCCGGAAGGCCAAAGACUUGAGAAAGGAGCGACGUCUUCAGAAAGACCAGAUUAGACAAAACGCUGAUGGAGUCCCCUCCAUUGUCUCUCCUUCCCCCCCCACUGCGGCCCAGACCAAACCCCUGGAAGAUUUCAUCAAUGAGUCACUGCCUGACAACUCUUCUCAUUGCCUUGAGGUGAGGCUAGUGCGCGCCAAUCCCCCUAGCCCGCAGUUCAAAGCCUCUUUCGACGCCUCCUACCAGGUGUACAAACUCUACCAGAUGGCCAUUCACAAGGACCCUCCUGACAAACCCUCCGAGAGCCAGGUGAGGCUAGUGCCGGUCAACUUUGAGGACCCUCAGUUCGCAGCGUCCUAUCAACAGUCGGUGGCGCUGUACGCCCGCUACCAGAUGGCCAUUCAUGGUGAUGACCUCAGCGCAUGUAGUGAAAGCGAGUUCCGGAGAUUUCUCUGUGAUUCACCACUAGAGGCGGAACAUUCUCCAGAUGGGCCCGAGGAGGGCUACGGCUCCUUCCAUCAGCAGUACUGGCUGGACGAUCGCAUCGUGGCGGUGGGGGUGAUCGAUAUCCUGCCUACCUGUGUGUCCUCGGUCUACCUGUACUACCACCCAGACUUUUCCUCACUGUCUCUGGGCUCCUACUCUGCUCUCAGGGAGCUCGCUUUCACCAGGCAGCUGCAGAAACAGUCCCCCAAGCUGUGCUACUACUACCUGGGCUUCUACAUUCACUCCUGUCCCAAGAUGCGGUAUAAGGGGCAGUACCGGCCUUCAGACCUCGUGUGCCCAGAAACCUACGCCUGGGUUCCAAUAGAGCAGUGCGUACCCAUGCUGGAGAACUCCCGCUAUGCUCGUUUCAACCAGGAUCCUGAUGCAGGAGACCCCCGGGUGCUGAAGGACGUGGGCAGAGCUCUGGUGCUUUACAGACGGGCCGUCAUGCCGUACGCCGCCUACUCCCGUAAACGUAAAGGCUCCAGCGACGAGGCAGAGGUGCAGCAGUACGGCGGCUUGGUCGGCCAGGACUGCAUCGAGAGGAUCUUACUCUACCGCACCUAAAACACACCACUGUACCUUUCAAUUUCACGUGAAUACACACCUUCCAGCAAGCUGUGUGUCUCUCGUACGUCUGUGUGUCUCCUCGCUGUCUGUCAAAGUGCUUUCUGCUUCCAGUAGUCUCACCGCGCUUAGCUGGUGUAAUGCAGUGGCCAAUAAUUAUCUAUCUAUGUAUGUAGCCAUUCACCCAUUGGCCUCAUUCACAUUUAUUUCAAAAAAGAAAUAUAUAUUCAUCAAUAUAUCCUGCAUUAUCCAUUCUCAGUUCUUCUUCUUCCUUCUGUUUGAUUUGACUCCCAACAGGGACCUGUACCUUGGAUGUUAUUUAGAUUAUUAUGUUCUAUUCUCAGCCCUUAAGCAGUGAUGUUCCUGAUGAUGUCAUAUGCAGGUGACAGCUCUCCUCCGAGCUGACUCAGGUUCAGCCAUAUGUCAGCGUUAUCACUUGAGGAGCAUUUUUUCUUUUGAAUGUUCAGUGAUUUUUGAAGGUGGUUUUUACUUUGCUCAAUCUUCUCUACACAGCACCUCUCAAUAAUUGUUUGUCAUUGGAACAUUUUUUAAAGUUUUAUUUGCUUUUCUUUUAAUAUUGACAGUAUUUUUUGUUAUUUUUUGUUUAACUGAAUAAAGGGGUUGUCUAUUCCAUG